GAUCCAGCUUUUGGUUUCCUCUGCUCUGCAUGAGUGAUGGUGUUGGAGUUCAGGUUUGGGCUCAUCUGCAAAUAAGGGUGACUCAUGUGACUUACGGGUCUCUGGAAAAUAUUUUCUCAGUUUUCUAAAGUUGGCUGCUUUUCUGUCUGGGAAAAAGAAAAAAUCUUGUCUUUUGGAUGACAAGGGCUCCCCAGAGAGAGAACAGCCGGAGAGGUUUUGAUGAGAAGGCUUACCUGUCCUCAAAGGUGCUGAAGGCUGGAGAAGACCCCUACCGCCAGCAUGCUUUUAAUCAGCUAGAGAGUGACAAACUCAGCAGCAAUCGGCCCAUUCGGGACACCAGGCACUACAGGUGCACUUCUGUACGAUAUGACACAGACUUGCCAGCUACCAGUCUCAUCAUCACCUUCCACAAUGAGGCACGCUCUACCCUGCUCCGCACAGUGAAGAGUGUCCUGAACCGCACCCCUCCCAGCCUCAUCCAGGAGAUCAUCUUGGUAGAUGACUUCAGCUCAGAUCCUGAGGACUGCCAUCUCCUUACCAAGAUCCCAAAGGUCAAGUGUCUACGAAACACCCGGCGAGAAGGGCUGAUUCGUUCUCGUGUGCGAGGAGCUGAAGUGGCUGCUGCUGACAUCCUCACGUUCUUGGACAGUCACUGUGAAGUCAACAGUGAGUGGCUGCAGCCAAUGCUUCAAAGAGUAAAAGAGGAUUAUACCCGGGUGGUGAGUCCAAUCAUUGAUGUUAUCAGCCUGGAUAAUUUUGCCUACCUGGCAGCAUCAGCAGACCUAAGGGGAGGGUUUGACUGGAGCCUUCACUUUAAGUGGGAGCAGAUUCCUAUAGAGCAGAAGAUGUCCAGGACAGACCCAACUCAGUCUAUAAGAACCCCUGUCAUAGCAGGAGGAAUCUUUGUGAUUGACAAGUCCUGGUUUAACCACCUGGGAAAAUAUGAUACUCAAAUGGACAUCUGGGGAGGAGAAAAUUUUGAGCUAUCUUUCCGAGUGUGGAUGUGCGGUGGCAGCUUGGAGAUUGUUCCCUGCAGCCGAGUGGGACACGUGUUCAGGAAGCGCCAUCCCUAUGACUUCCCAGAGGGAAAUGCAUUGACUUACAUCAAGAACACCAAGCGCACAGCAGAGGUAUGGAUGGAUGAAUACAAGCAGUACUACUAUGAGGCUCGGCCAUCUGCCAUUGGGAAGUCAUUUGGAAGUGUUGCAGACCGAGUGGAGCAGCGUCGCAAACUGAACUGUAAAUCCUUCCAGUGGUAUCUGGAGAACGUCUACCCAGAGCUCAAGAUUCCUGAAAAGGAGUUAAUUCCAGGAAUAAUUAAACAAGGAGGAAACUGCCUGGAGUCUUGGGCACAGGAUACCACAGGAAAUAUGUUGGCUGGCAUGGGAAACUGCAAAGGGACAGUGAACAAUCCACCUGUCUCUCAGGAGUGGGUAUUCAGUGACCCCUUAAUUAGACAGCAGGACAAGUGUAUUUCCAUUACCUCCUUCUCUACUGGCUCUCAAAUCACAUUGGAAGCCUGCAAUCAAAAAGAUGGCAGACAGAAAUGGAAGAUGAAAGGCAGUUUCAUUCAACACUUUGUCAGUGGUCUCUGCCUGGAAAACCAGACUGGGAGAGUGGUGACCAACCCUUGCCAAGCAGGUGUACCUGGCCAACAGUGGGAGCUGCUACAAGCAACAUGAUGGUAGCACAGAGAUCUCCUUUUUUCUUUGUGCAUGAGACUUUGGGAACAGAGAGGGAUCGGGAAGGGAGGAAUGGUUUUGUAUGUCUGACCCUAAAUGUUUUCAUUGUGCCCAUCAGCAAGCCAUCAUUUCAGCUGAGUACUUGUUGUUUCUGAGCUUUUCAGAGAAGCUGGGAGUGAGAGGGAUGAGGAGAGUUGUUGAAACCUUCCCAUCUGUUGUCUUAAGUUCUCCUUUGUAGCUGACGUCCAUGCACAGCUGCACCCAGAAAGGGGGGAGGACCCAGCCAAGCACUUGGAGUGACCAGAACUGCCCUGCAGCUCUCCCCAUCCAUCCAUUCCUUCCUCUGCAUGCAGAGUCCACGACCUUUGGUCCACCAGAUUAGACAAUGCUUGUACAAACAUUGGUACCUCAUUGGCUUCCCUGGCUUUUUGCUCUAACAUUGUGCAUCAUUCGUGCAUGUGUCUCUCUCUCAGUGACAACUGGCCAGAAGAGCCAUGAUGAUAAGUGGAGGGCUGGGGAGGAACUAGAAGACCCUGGGGGCACGUUUGUAACCUCUUUGUGGUGGGCCUGUUCCUUCCUCUGCCUGUAGUGGGUGCUCGACAGCCAAAUGAGCUGAGGUUGGCAUAAUGUCGACAAGAGCUGGAAAAGGGACGAUCUGUUUUAGCAGCAUAAUAACCAGGGAUUGUUUUGGGGACUAUUUUCUGUUGAAUUCUUGCUUCCAUUAUUUUAUGGGUGGAAGGCCAGCCCUGCCUCCAUGAGUUAUCCAAACCUGCAGGCAGCCUGCUGAUCUGCGUUCCGGGUACCACAUUCCUGCAGAGCUGGUCAGAGAUGGGUGCUGACGCUAUCGGAUGCCAGGGAAACUGGGAGUGCUCUCUGGCUGCUUCUCCUGAUGCUAAUGGACACUGCCUGCUGCACGCCACGGUGAAGGUGAUGCACAGAGCUCUAUGUGCAGCACUCGCUGACAGUGCCAUUGCACUUGGCCCAGGCCUAUGGCAGGAGCCCACCCAGUACCGCAUUGCAUGAGGCAGAAAGGGCAGCCUCUAGGUCAUUGCAGGCAUCCUGCUGCUGUCUGGCCAGGAGCACAGCUUCCUCGCUGGCUCUCCAGCUCUGCAUGGAACAGACCCCAGCAUGACAAGCCACCCAAUCCCUCUCUUUUUUCCCCCUCUCUCUGAGACAGAGGAGGUGAAAAGGCCUGGGGCUGCUCAACCUGGGACACCCAGUUCUCUUUCCAAUGGGAACCAUGGGCAGGUUAGUUGGUGAAGCUGAAAAUGCCCCCUGCACAAAUGUUUCCACAGCACAGGCCUGUCCAAGAGAUCUCUCUUUUGUGUUCUGGAAAUACCAAAGACAACUGGUGUCUCCAGCUAGCGUCCCAGUCCUGCUCCCAGUUACCAGUCAGCUGUAGCCGAGUGUGGAUUUUCAGACCUGCCAGGGGAAGUUUACCUAUUCCAGUAAAAUAAUCCCCACAAUUUCACCUUUUCCUACAAGAUCUGUUAAAUUUUCCUCUUGGAGCUAGGUUUUGUAAACCAGCCCUCCUCUCCAAGAACCUGGCAGGGGAACCAGAUAGCCGGGUGACCUUUAGUAGGCAAUUGCUUGCCCGCAUCCUUUCUGAUCUGGUGUAGAAGAAACAGGAUAUUCGUUUGGAUUCUGAACAGCUGGCUGCUUUUGAUCAUGUUUGUAUCCCUUUAUAAUUCUUUCUCCUAGCUUGGCAUUAGCCCCAGCAGUUGACAAAAGAACAGAUACUGUUCUUCAUAUGUCAUAUGUGCUCAGAAGUGCUUGUGUGAGAACUGGACAAUUCGUUUUCUGUUCUCAGUUCUUUUAUUUAAAAAAUUAAAUGCGUCAUGUGGCCAGAGCUUUCUUCCUUUUUCCCCCUUCACUUUGACAUCAGCUCACCAUCUUGACACUGAUUAACCAGAUGAAUGAACUGCCCACACUGUGAAAGCUCAGAAGGCAGCUCCCUUUGGUCCCAAGCUUACUGCAUUGUGCAGCUGCAUUUCUGUGUGGGAAUGGGGGGACCAACCCUGCAUAGAUUUCUCUUUCCCUGUGUAGAGGUGCUUUGGGCCUGAACCACUAGGGCCAGGAGAGAGUAGAGAAGAAAAGGAAAUAAUCUUAUGAAUAGAAAGAGGGCAAAACAGACAAGACCGAUGAGUGGGGAGAGAUGCCAUCCUACUAGAAACUGCUUUUUUAAGCAAGAAUAUGAAGGAGAUGCUACUUCCAAAACAGCAACAUUAAACAUUAGGAGACAGACAUAGCGAAGUUCUCACAUACCUGGCUUGAAAAAGAUUAAUGCAAAUACAGAUGAAAGACCAUUGAGCGGGUACUGUACUAAAGUUCUUUAUAAAAUGCAUCCUAAGUGGACCAUCUGAGCUUCCCCCAUUUCACCCUCCAGCAGCCCAAGUGUUGCAGCUAACAGCAUGUUCACUCCUCCACCAGGUACUGCUUCCUUCCUCCUUGCUCCCACUCUGUGUGUGCAGCUUUUUUGCAGUUCCUUCUUCAUAACCAUACUGGGACCAAGACCCAGCUCCUCUGCAAACAAUUCUCCUGACGCUGCAGACCACAGAAGCUCUGCUUACAUACACUCUCCAAGCUCUGGGCCAGCUCUUGUUCAAAGGGCUCUUGUCAGCACACUAGCUACUGCCCUUGACUUUGUGCUUAGCUCCAAUGUUGGAGGCUUCUGACUGCUCCUGGAGCAGAGGUACCCAGACUAGCUGUGUUGAUUUGUGCCUCUCUUCCUACUCCUCACCACCUGGCAGAGUGUGAACUGGCAUUAUCUGGGGCUGUGAGCUGGGGCAGCUAAAGAUUUGACACUGUCCUUCUUCAGAUGUCCUAGCCUUGGGAUGAAAAGGGAAAGGUGGGCAUAUGCUAGAUGUCAGUAACUUAUAUUGCUCCCGGCAUUAGGGCCUGCCAGAGCCCUAACUCUUCCUGGUUUUGGACAUGUUCUCCUGAGGUCACCUCUACACGGUUUACUUGUCUGUCAUCUAAAGCACUGCUCACAGGACAUUCCUGUAGGCUCAAUGCAGACCCCUGACCUUGCCCCACAUCAUCUGGUAGCCAUUGGUUUCCAAUGGCUUUUAGCAAUUGCUAAAAAGGUGGUGGAUUACAAAAGGCUGCUUUCAAAUGUGGCCAAGCUAAACUUCUCCUCAGAAUACACAAAGUCUUGUCCAAAAUCAAUAUUGGUAUAUUUUCCAUUUCCCUUGCUCUGAAGGAAAAGAGGAACGAAGUUAUCUGUGCUUUUUUCCCCAAGGUCCAUGCAGUGCCAUGUUUUAGAAAAGGAUUCUGUUGAGUUUUUUUGAAAGCAAACUGACUGAGCCCUCAGAUUUGGCCCAGUGAUUUGUUUCUUUAAGUCAGAACAAACAGCUGCUCACCCUUGUUUUCCUGUUUACUUUAAACAGCCCCCCAGACUGUCAAGACAGAGCAUUUGCAUUGUUAACACCUCUCAAGGAAGUCGUUGUUGUAUCAGAUCAUCUAAUGUAAUUUCAUGUGCUGUGAACCAAUGCGGGUUUAUUUAAGAGGAGCUGAAACUGCUGUUGUACAGAAAUCAAUUCCAAAGGGUUUAUUUUCCCCACUCAGUUGUAAGUUACACUUUGCCAGAUGUAAUUUAUGUGGAGCCAAGAUUUGUUUUCCCUUUUCUUGAAGAAAGCAUGUACCAGAAUCUGUUUAAUGCCUGGAAUAAAAUCCACUUUGAAACAAG